AUACAGCACUUCAAGGCUAGGCACGAGAAGCACCUAGCCACCAGCCGAGCAUCCAACCUUGAUUCACAGCAAGCUUCUGUAUUGAAUCCACAUGCAGUGAACCACUUCUUUGAUUGGACGGAGGCAGAGUAUCAGGAUCACCAGAUUCAGCAGAUGGACAUCUGGGCAGCCGAUGAAUUUGGCAUCACCAAGUUGGUUGAGGCAACUGAGCAGGUUGUAUACUGCCGAGGCAAGAAGCAUCCUCCUGUACAGCAAAGUGGAGAGGAGAACAUUCCUGUCAUGGCCACGGUCUGUGCAGAUGGAGAAUGUCUGCCAUCAUGGACUAUCUACAAGGGUGAGCAG